UUUCCUUUUCAAAUUAUUUUAAGUCCAACAUUCUAGAUUUCUAGUAAAUCAAUAAGAAAUCCACUCUUAUUAUGUAAUACCAAUAAUAAUAAUUCAAUUCACAACCAAAUUAACUAACUUCUAAAAUUAUGAGCAUGUCUUCAUACAAAGUUACCACGAAUAAUGUACAAGUUACUCCAGAACUACCUUCCCUGCCUAUUGUAGAUAUCCUAGAAACCGCCGGCGAAGAUGUGCUGGAAAUGUUUACUAGGGAAUCCGGUAAUCGAAACCUCGCAGCCGAUCCCUCUGCCCUUCCUUGGAUGGACUGCCCCGUCAUUGACAUGUCUCUCCUGUUGUCAUCCUCCGAGGGGGAGGCUGCGGAGGAGCUUAGAAAACUUCAUUAUGCUCUUGUUUCCUGGGGCUCCUUUCAGCUCAUAAAUCAUGGAAUAAUGGAAUCAUUGUUGAAUAAAAUACGUGAAAAUAGCAAAGAAUUCUUUGUACUUCCUGUCGAGGAGAGGAUGAAGUAUUUAAGGGCACCCAAUGACCCUGAAGGCUAUGGAAACGACACCGUGUUGUCGCGAAAUGUUCCUCAUAAUUGGAAUGAUCGUUUGUAUCUAAACGUCUACCCUGAAGAUCGACGAAGGCUAGUUUUUUGGCCUCAAAAUCCUUCUGAUUUUAGGGGAACUUUGCAUGAAUUCACCAUGAAAGUCAAAGAAGUGAAUGAAACAAUAGUUCAAGCAAUGGCUCGAUGCUUAGGCUUAGAAGAUAAUAGCUUCCUUGAGGAAUAUGGUGAAAGCGUGACAAUACAAGCAAGAAUAAACCAUUACCCUAAGUGUCCAUUUCCUGAACUAGUUCGCGCCUCAAGAACACAUUCGGAUGCAUCCGCCAUGACUUUCCUCUUGCAAGAUAAACAAGUUGAAGGCCUUCAAGUUCUUAAAGAUGAUAACUGGUUUAAAGUCCCCAUUAUCCCUAAUGCUCUCUUUGUUAAUGUUGGUGAUCAAAUGGAGAUAAUGAGUAACGGGAUAUUCAAGAGUGCUGUCCAUAGAGUGGUUGCAAACUCAGAGAAAGAAAGGCUAUCUGUAGCAAUGUUUUGUUCUCCAUGUUCAGAGAUGGAAAUUGGACCAUUUAAGAAAUUGGUGAAUGAAAAUCAACCUCCUUUGUACAAGACUAUUAAACAAUACGGGCAGAUUUUCUUUCAGUACCACCCCAAAGGUGAAAGGCCAAUUACAUCCAUGAAGAUUUAACUAGUAUAUAUACAUUUCGGCGUCCUACUAAUCUCUCUCGGACUUUUUGAAUACUAGCUAGUUAAGGGUAAGUACAUGUGUUGCAUCUAUUCGCUACACAUGCAUACAAUUGAAAAUUUCGUGUAAUAAUGUUGUUUAAUACUUAGUAUGGCAUAAUAAUAUAGUGUGUUGUUGUUGCUACACAUUUUAAUAGAUUUUUUUGUCAAAAACAAGUUAAUAAAGUCCAGAUUUUGUGAGAAACUACCUAUUAAAAAAAAUGU